AUGGCUUGGGCAACAGCAGUUGUUAAUAUGCAUGUUGAUAUUCUCUGUAAUCCUUCACCUAUCACUUCGUUGACGGAAGAAGAUAAAAGGAAUAUGAAAAUCAAAGCACGUAAUGAUGAAAUUCGAAAGAUACAAUCGGAUCUUAAUAAUGUUGAACGUAAUCAGCAGGAUACCCUCAAGCGCAUUCGAAUGGAAACCGAAUCUGCAGAAAUAUCUGAAACGAAGAAUUCCGAAGGUCGCCGACAUAAAUUACAAUUGGACAUUAACAUGUGUCGACAAAAGUUACAAGAACAACAACAGAGAAAUAAGAAAACGGAAACUGAUUUACGUAAAGAAAAAUGGCGUCAAGAAACCGGACUUGAAACAUGGUUAACGAAAUAUGAUAAUGAGAUGCGACAAAAACAGGACGAAUACGAUGAAAUCGACGAAGCAUACAUGGAAGAAAAACGAAUACUUCUCGAAUUGGAAGAACGAUUUGAAAAAUUGAAAGAAGAAUAUGAUAAAAUUAUGGAAGAACGCGCAGCUGAAGAACGACAACAAGCAUUGGAAAAGGCACUACGCGAACGACGUUGGCGGGCAGCUGCACAAAUUCAGCGGUUUUGGCAAGGUUACAAAGUUCGAAAAGGUCUCAAAGCAAAGAAGAAGAAGAAAGGAAAGAAAGGUGGCAAAGGCAAGGGCAAAAAGUGA